AUGGACCAGAUCCUAUCGUUACAUAAGGACGACUUGGACGUUGUGGUGCAGCCUGGAGUCCGAUGGGAGGCACUUAAUGAAGAACUGGCUCGGGAUAACCUUUUCUUCCCUCCAGACCCAGGCCCUGGCGCCAUGAUUGGUGGUAUGGUGGCCGUCUUGCCCCAGUCAACAUCAGUGGCUAUAUCGACAUUCCCAUCGAUCCGGCAUGCUGCCAACUGCGUGGCAAAGGUGGUUGGUGCAGGCAUCUCUAUCGCAGCAGUAGAGAUCCUCGAUGAUCUCCAGAUGCGAGUCAUUAACCAAACAGGCAGCACGUCGCGGGCAUGGGAGGAGGUGCCAACGCUGUUCUUCAAGUUUGCCGGUACUCCGGCUGCUGUUAAAGAGCAAGUAGCACUGGUACAGCAGCUAUCGAGUGACUCAGGAUCGCAAACAUUCGAGUUUGCCAGCAGUCACGAUGAGCAGCAGGAACUUUGGAGCGCGCGAAAGGAGGCACUUUGGAGCACAAUGGCUUUGAAGCGGGACGGCGACCAUGUCUGGACGGGUGACGUGGCAGUGCCCAUGAGUCGAUUGCCAGAUAUCAUCGAGGAGACAAAAUUGUCCAUGGCCAAUGCGGGCCUAUUUGGAACAAUUGUCGGUCAUGUUGGAGACGGUAAUUUUCACAUUAUCAUGCUUUACAAUGAUGCCGAAAGAGAACGGGCUGAACACGUGGUACACGACAUGGUCAAGAGAGCAAUUGAGUUGGAAGGUACAGUUUCUGGUGAGCAUGGUGUUGGCUUGGUCAAAAGAGACUAUCUGAACCACGAACUUGGCGAGGCGACCGUUGACGCAAUGCGACAGAUAAAAAAAGCAUUCGAUCCUCUUUGCCUCUUGAAUUGCGACAAGGUGAUAAGGAUGCAAAGACCUGGUGCUGGGGAGGUUGCCGAAUGGUAG